AAAGAGAAGAUCAAUGAGCGCCGAUCCAUUAAUGUAUGACAGUGCCUCGAUGACAGCCAGAACAGAAAAUACAUCAAAUGACUACAGACAUGUCAAAGGCUACAGUUAUGACAAUAAUUAUAAAGUUUGUUGCCAAACUAAAGGUCAUAGAUCGAAGUCAACGACAGAAGGUUAUGAAACUAUUAUUUCAUCAACUCCGCCAUCACCUGAGCAUAAUUGCCUACCGAGCACAUCAUCUGAUUAUACUUUAAAAGAAAUCGAUCGAUCAAUUUAUACUGCAAGAAUAAUUCCGGAUCCACAACCACUUUAUCAAAUUUACAUGAUGGAACAGAAUGGACGGCUAAUUUAUGAAACGGAUGAGCAAGAGAUAAUCCAACCGAGUUUUAGUGGAAGGAGUAUCUCCAAGAUGCAGCGAGCUGCGUCAACUGCAUCAACGGAUAGCGGACGUGGCGCAGAUUGCUCUACAACUAUGUCACAACUUACGCCUAACGUAUCAAUGAAACGUGAUCGUUUAGUUGCAGGCAGUCAUUUUGCUAGUCAACGGUCACUGUGGUGUGAACUUCCAGAGGCGAGUUGCUUUUUUACUUUCCAAAAAACUCACUUUCCAGGCUCUUUUCAUGUAAGAAAUGCGGGUUUAUUGGAAAGGUUAGACGAAGAUACGAAGAAACUGCAAGAAGCAUAUUUUGAAGUUAUCACCAGUGAAGCAUCUUAUCUUCGUUCAAUCAAUAUCCUGAUUACCCAUUUCAUGGCUGCUCCUGAAUUGCUCGGUUCCAAAAGACCAUCAUCAGUGAUAACAAAUGAGGAACGAAAGCAACUUUUUAGCAACGUAUUCGCUGUUCGAGAUUGUAGUGAAAAAUUGCUAUCAGAUUUGGAGAAUAGAUUACAAGAAAGUUUGGUACUGUCCGAUGUUUGUGAUAUUUUAUGUGAUCAUUUUGAAACAAAUUUCGAUCCAUAUGUUAAAUAUUGCUCCAAUCAAGUUUAUCAAGAUCGAACGCUUCGGAAACUCAAAUCUGAAAAUCCUUCAUUUCUCGCUUGCAUUCAGCGUUUAGAAGGCGAUCGUUUAUGUCAAGGAUUGGAUAUGCGUUCAUUUUUGAUGUUACCCAUGCAGAGAGUUACUCGUUAUCCACUUCUGAUGAUUGCAAUUCUCGAACACACACAGCAGGAUGCAACAAACUAUCAGACUGCCCAAAUUGCGUUACAUCUCGCCAAUCAUGUCGUCAUUUGCUGCAAUGAAGGUGCUCGACAUAUGGAACGUACCGAACAAUUGCUAGAAAUUGAACGUCGUCUCGUUUAUAAAUCAUCUGAUUUGAGACGCAUUCCUCUAGUUUCAUCGGGACGUUAUUUAGUUAAAUGUGGAUCGCUUAUGUGUUUGAAUGAGAAACGUGCUAAGAAGCUCUUAAAUACUCGUCAACAGAAUGGAAUUUAUGUAUGCAAAGAUUAUUCCGCAAGAAGAUUCGUUGAUAUUGAACCGGUUGAAAUUAAUGAUCCUAAAUUGUUGCAAUCGGUAACAGCGCACAUUCCGCUGAAAAAGCCGCAUCUUUUCAUUUGUACGCUAAUGCAUAAUGCUAUAGGGAAACAAGUGGAACUUCUUCUGAAUGCCGAUUCAGAAACUGACCGAGAACGAUGGCUAUCAGCAUUAAGACCACCUGCCUGUACUAAUCCGGAAGAAAAAAUCUAUGCUGAUUGGGAUUGCCCGCAAGCUGUCGCCGUACAUCGGUAUUCUCCUAGUCAGGAAGAUGAGUUGCCGUUGGAGAAAGGCGAUUUAAUCAAUAUACUGCGGAAAAUGCCAGAUGGGUGGUUUUAUGGACAAAAAGUUCAUGAUUGGUAUAGUGGCUGGUUUCCAUCUUCCUAUGUUCAACAGGUUCUCAAUGAUCAUGUUCGAGCAAAAAACUAUCGUCAGCGUUUGCGUGUUAUUCAGGCAGCUGAUGAUUUCCGUUUCCGUCAAAGGCAUGUGAAACUAGGAGCUGAAGAAAGUGCUCGUCGCUUGAUGGAGCGAUUUCGUCGAUUGAGUAACAUGAAAAGUACGCAAAAUGAUUCAAAUUAA